AUGUUUCACCACGGUGGCUCAUAUACGGGACUGUUCCAGGAAGAAACGGAUACAAACGUGGUCGACGAUGAUAUUUUGCCUUCUUCUUUUACGGUGUCCCUGAUGCAGUCAGGUCAUCUAGCAUGGCGUACUUUGUCCGGUUUUGGAGAGCACAAGGCCGAACCACAAUAUGCAGGUGUCAAUGCAAAUGCAAAGGAGAAAAAAGAGCUAAAACCUUCAACCUUGACAAAGUAUGAUUAUAUCUAUGCGAAACUUUCGACGUUAUUACAGCAAGCGAGGACGUUUCUCAUUUUUCGCCGUCCACUCUUUCGCGUAAUUGCAAUCCCCUAUCAUAUCCAUUUUUCAGUUUUUGGCCGAUCCCCAUUCCAAUUCUGUCCCAGGUGGUUGUACAAGAAGUCGCAUGCCGCUGUGAGCGAAGGUGUGCAGCAUGUGCGUAACUCGGCAGAGCGAUGCAACAAUAAAGAUAAUGAUAGCAAUAGAUCAGGAGAGAUGCAUAGGUGA